AAACCACCCGACGGAACGCUACGACUCGGGAAGGGAUGGCUUCAUCGACCUGAUGGAGCUGAAGCUGAUGAUGGAGAAGCUGGGGGCCCCCCAGACCCACCUGGGCCUGAAGAGCAUGAUCAAGGAGGUGGAUGAGGACUUUGAUGGCAAACUCAGCUUCCGUGAGUUUCUGCUCAUAUUCCACAAGGCCGCUGCAGGGGAGCUGCAGGAGGACAGCGGGCUGAUGGCCCUGGCCAAGCUUUCUGAGAUCGAUGUUGCCCUGGAGGGCGUCAAAGGUGCCAAGGACUUUUUUGAAGCCAAGGUACAAGCCUUGUCCUCUGCCAGUAAGUUUGAAGCUGAGUUAAAAGCGGAGCAAGAUGAGCGGAAGCGCGCAGAGGAGAAGAGGAGGCUUCGCCAGGCAGCCUUUCGGGAACUCAAGGCCGCUUUCAGUACUUAGGUGCUUUGACCUUGAACUCUGUCUUCAGCUGUGCCUCACAGAUGCCCUGGGGAGAGCUGGCCGGGCAUCCUCACCCCUGCUGACCCUUUGCCCCAAUCAGCUCCACACCCUUGCCCAAGGCAAACUCCUUAGUCUCAAAGGGGUGGCGGGGGGGGGGCAGCUCUCCUCUCCUUGUGGGAACCCCUCCCAGAGGGUCCAGAAGCCCCCCUUGCCUCUGUCUCCUGCUCACCUUCCUCUGCCCUUCUCUGCAGCCAGAAUGUGCCUCUACUUGGCAACCUUUUCUUUUUCCUUCUCCCUCUACCCUUCCAUGUCAAAGAGUGGUCUACUGUGUUAAUUUGUAUGCAUACUUCUUUCUUUCUCUGGUGGUCCUCAGAGGAGAUAUUCCCCAGAGGCCUGUGAUGUUAAUGUUGCCUGUUUCCUUGGGUAAUCCUUUUCUGCACCUCUCCCCGUCUUGCCCCUCUCUCCUCUAUUUCUCAUCCAGCUUCCCUGUUCUCAUUCUUAGCCUGAUCCUGUUACAUGCUUUGGUAUCCUCUGUCAUUUGAUGAUGGUGAGGUUUAAAGCAGGCAGGACAAGUUGGCCAGGCUGGACCACUUAUUGCCUAUCUCCUUUCCAACAGGGGGCUCAGCAUGCUGCCAAGAUGACACAAAAUAGCGACAAGUUAGGAAGUUCUGUUCCUUCUCAUCUGCUUUCUCCUGCCCUCUUAGCAUUCCCCCUAGAUCUACUCUUUGCAUCAUCCUUCCCACUUUAGACUCUUUUUUUCUACUCUUAAAUACUGAGCUACUUAACUGUAAGAAUGAAAGCAUGAUUAUAAGUGAAUUAAUGAGUAGAAUUCCUGUUAACUCUGACACUGCAAAUUCUAUUACACUAGACCCCUGACAUUCCCAAGUGACAAAUCCAGAGCCUUUCAAAAUCCCAAAAGUCAUGACCAUCCUCACCAUCUAGCCAGUUUGCAACAUUCGCUCCAAGGUGCUGAGGUGAAGCCGUCCUUAUUCCUGCAGCACAAAUUUUUAUACGUUAUAAAUUCUUGGGAUUGCUCACAAACAUCAGGGGUUGGUUGUAUUUUAUAAAAGAAUUUCUAACGUCAUAUUUAUUACUUCUCUUUUUUUAACUGCUGUCUUUAUCAUAAAGAAAACGUCUGCAUUUUUACCUUACAGCUGUUCUUUUUCAAUAAACUGUGCAAAUGGACUUUGCCAUCA